UUAAAGGAAAUGCUAAGAGGCGCAGUCGGUGCAGAAAGGGAGUGCAGAGCCCUGCACUCAUUUGUCCGGGGACUGAGUGAGAGGAGUGAAGGAGCUGCAGUGGACAUGGGCACUGCUAUAGGAUUUGACUCAAGUCGAAGAUCUUGGAGCUGUGGCUGGAACAGUACCCGACUCUUGUGCUUCAUUGCCAUUAGCUGGGUGCUUGCGACUCAGGUGGAAGUGGACGCCUGGACGUACCAUUAUACUGACAAACAUGACUACACAUGGGAAAACGCCAGGAAAUAUUGUCAAACUUAUUUCACUGACCUCGUGGCAAUCCAGAACAAAGCAGAAAUUGAGUAUCUCAACCGAACCUUACCUUACAGUAAGACCUACUACUGGAUUGGGAUACGGAAGAUAGAAGACAUCUGGACCUGGGGUGGGACCAAUAAACCCCUGACAAAAGAGGCUGAGAACUGGGCUGAAAAAGAGCCUAAUAAUAAAGGAUCCAGCCAAGAUUGCGUAGAGAUAUACAUCAAGAGGGACAAAGAGGCUGGGAAAUGGAAUGAUGAGCGCUGCAAUAAGAAAAAGAAGGCGCUGUGUUACAAAGCCUCUUGCAACACUUUCUCCUGUAGCCAGCAAGGCGAGUGUGUGGAGACCAUAGGGAACUACACCUGUGACUGCUACCCUGGCUUCUACGGGCCUGAAUGUGAAUUUGUUGUAACAUGCCAAGAACUUCACCCUGGGCAAACGAACAUGGACUGCAGCCACCCCUUGGGGAAUUUUAGCUAUAACUCCACCUGCAAGUUCCACUGCAAGGAGGGCUUUGAACGACAAGGGAGGGACAUGCUGCAGUGCUUGGCUUCAGGACACUGGUCAGGAGAGACUCCAGAGUGUACAGCUAAACAAUGCCAGGGUAUUAAGCCCGCUGAAAGAGGAGCCAUGAACUGCAUGGACACUCUUGGAGUUGGUGAUUUUGCUUUUAAAUCAAGCUGUAAAUUCACUUGUGAAUCUGGCUUCAAGUUGAGUGGAGAUGAAACACUGCAAUGCACAGCAUCUGGCAAGUGGACAGCAGAAGUGCCAGCCUGCCAAGCUGUGCAGUGCCAGAAUUUGGUGGCUCCUGAAAAUGGUGAUUUGGUCUGCUCUGGACCCUUCGGAGAUUUUCUGUACCAAUCAGUAUGCAACUUUUCCUGCAACAAAGGUUUUGUCUCAACUGACCCAGAGAUACUGCAUUGCUCAGCUUCUGGAAACUGGAGUUCUCCAUCUCCUGCAUGCCAAGCCAUCCAGUGCUCAGCACUGGAUGCUCCAGACUGGGGCCAAAUAAAUUGCUCUCACAUCCAUGGAAACUUCACAUAUAACUCCACAUGCUCCUUCUCUUGUGAGACUGGCUUUCUGAGGAUGGGACCAGAGACAAUUGAGUGUACAGCCCUGGGAACCUGGACAGGGAGUCCUCCACAUUGUAAAGCUAUCAAGUGCCCGGAAUUGAUUGCCCCAGACUGGAGUCAAAUAAGCUGCUCUCAUAUCCAUGGAAACUUCAUGUAUAGCUCUAUAUGUGACUUCUCUUGUGAGGCUGGCUUUGUGCAGAUGGGACCAAAGACGUUGGAAUGUACAGCCCUGGGGAACUGGACAGGAAGUCCUCCACUCUGCGAAGCUGUCAGGUGCCCCACACUGGAUGCCCCAGACAGGGGCCGCAUGGUCUGCUCUGAUCUGCAUGGAAACUUCACAUAUAACUCCACGUGCUCCUUCUCCUGUGACACGGGCUUUGUGCGGAUGGGACCAGAGGCAAUUGAUUGUACAGCCCUGGGAACCUGGACAGAGAGUCCUCCAAAUUGUAAAGCUGUCAAGUGCCCGGAAUUGAUUGCCCCAGACUGGAGUCAAAUAAACUGCUCUCACAUUCAUGGAAACUUCGUGUAUAGCUCUAUAUGUGACUUCUCUUGUGAGGCUGGCUUUGUGCAGAUGGGACCAAAGACGUUGGAAUGUACAGCCCUGGGGAACUGGACAGGAAGUCCUCCAGUCUGUAAAGCUGUCAGGUGCCCCACACUGGAUGCCCCAGACAGGGGCCACAUGGUCUGCUCUGAUCUGCAUGGAAACUUCACAUAUAACUCCACAUGCUCCUUCUCCUGUGACACGGGCUUUGUGCGGAUGGGACCAGAGGCAAUUGAUUGUACAGCCCUGGGAACCUGGACAGAGAGUCCUCCAAAUUGUAAAGCUAUCAAGUGCCCGGCAUUGAAUGCCCCAGACUGGAGUCAAAUAAAUUGCUCUCACGUCUAUGGAAACUUCAUGUAUAGCUCUAUAUGCGACUUCUCUUGUGAGGCUGGCUUUGUGCAGAUGGGACCAAAGACGUUGGAAUGUACAGCCCUGGGGAACUGGACAGGAAGUCCUCCAGUCUGUGAAGCUAUCACAUGUCCAACAUUAGACAACCCAGAUUGGGGCCACUUAACCUGCUUUCAUAUGCAUGGACAUUUCAAGUAUAACUCUACAUGCAACUUGUCCUGUGAGACCGGCUUUGUGCGGAUGGGACCAGAGAUGCUUAAGUGUACAGCCCUGGGGACCUGGACAGAGAGUCCUCCACUCUGUAAAGCUGUCAGGUGCCCCACACUGGAUGCCCCAGACAGGGGCCACAUGCUCUGCUCUGAUCUGCAUGGAAACUUCACAUAUAACUCCACAUGCUCCUUCUCCUGUGACAUGGGCUUUGUGCAGAUGGGACCAGAGGCAAUUAAUUGUACAGCCCUGGGAACCUGGACAGAGAGUCCUCCACAUUGUAAAGAUAAGACGGCUUCGCAUAUGAAGCAAAUCCUGCUUUACAUGGGUACUUCCACCAUGGCAGCUGUGGGUCUCUUACUGUCUGGAAUGCUAAUAGUUAUGCUGCUCAAGCGUCUCAGUGAGAAAGAGGAAGAAAAGAAGCUCCUAAAUCCCACAAGUGACCUGGGAGCACCAGGAAUUUUUACAAAUACAGCAUAUGAAUCCAACUUGUAAGAUAAAGUGGGAAAUGUCCACAGAAGAGACAAUUGCUGGAACUGAAAGGACCUGAAGAUACUUGUGUCGCAGCGUUUUAUAAGUUUAUUUUUGCACAUUGCUGUUUCACUCAGCAGCCCUAUAGACCAAGAACUGGCAGUCAGUUCCUAACAGUCAGAGAUUAAUGUGAUCCUGUUGCACACUCAGUCAGUUCAGAUCUGGAAUCUAGCUUGGUCUCCCUCCAGCAUUGGACUUUUGCUCACAGUCCAGAUUUAUCAUUUGAAGAAACCUGAGUUUGGUCCUUCAUUCAUCAGUCUACUGGAUGUCCAGAUGUCAGUCCUGAGCACCUACACCCUUCCCCAUGACAUUCCCUUGGCCCACUGCAACUAUCACAGUGUUUGGUACCCCCAGAAAAUUCAUAGCUUCUAAUGCUCUAAGAAUCUGCUGUUCCUGUUUACUGCCUACUGUAAAUUAGCUAAGUUUUAAGGAAAUAACUUUUUCUUCUGCCUCUGUCUACAGAUAUUCACAUUAUUCACAGUAGACUAUUUUUAAAAGGAAAAAAUAGUCAUCCAGGACUUGUUGAUUAGUGGUGGAUGAUUGUGCAUUUAUUCUGUGGGCAGUGACUGAAACCAUCACUUGGGACAGGCUUCUGUGUCUUCAAUUUUUUCCUGUUAAGUUUCCCAAUUGUCUAUCAGAAACAUUUUCUGAAGGUGAGAGCCUUCUCUGUCCCUACUUCUGGUAGUGGACUGUGGGGUUAGCACUGCUGAAGGCACGGAACAGGUGAGAGAAACAGGGUAGUUAGGGAGAAUAUAAAUGAGUGGUACUUAAAGUCACAGUGACUAGUAAAAGGAAACAAUGCAGAUGAAUGCAGACCUACAUCCCUGGCCUGAAAGUGCUAGUGGUGGGGUCUCACUGGUUGACCUCCUUCACCUAAUAAAACUGUAGCAUAACUAUGGGCAUCUCUGUAAACCCAUUUAAGUGGUAAACCCAUUAAACCCUUAUACCUUCUCUGAUGACAAAAGGCUUACACAGCAAUAGCUAGACACUGAGUAUUUUGAUUUCUAAGCAGUCUCUAUUGAAGCUUCUGCCAGCUGAUCAUGGAAAUUUACUGUUUUUUUCCCCCCCUUGCGAUCAUUUUCAAAGAAUGGAGGAAGUCAGAAGACAGGCAGUUAUUGAUUCUACACCUUCACUUCUCCAUGGAGAAGAAACCUCAGCUGGACACUCCAUAGAUUAUAGUUUCAUUCUGAUCAAAUAUCUGACAGCUUCUCCUUGCCCACAUUUCUCCUCCAAAAUCUCCUGACAGCACUGUCCAGCUUUCCCCACCGCCACAUUUUUUCACUUUUCAGAGUUUACCUGAAACUGAACGUUGAAUAGCAAAUUAGUGUCAGGCUUUCUGCAUACCCUUGUUGUCCCUGACACUCCCAAACAGGCAAGGCAAAACACUUGUGUUGCAAAUGACAGCCUUUUGCUUCCUCAGUGAUAAGAAAGAAAGACAAAGGGGGAAAUGUAAAUGUGGGCAUGACAGAUUAGUGCCUUAUUGGUUAUCAUUGUUAUUUACUUUCCAUCUUUUAGAAAGUUGGCCCAAUGUAGUAAUAUUCAAUAAUAAACAUGUAAAUAUGAAA